GCCGCGCGGGGCAUGGUGGGAGAGGAAGCGGAGCCCACGCUGCGCAGCGUGGAUCAUGGCGGUGGUCGCGGAGCCGCCGCGUGGCGCGGGACGGAGGAAGCUUGCCGAACUGAGCGUGGAUGAGUUCCUCACCUCCGGCUUUGACUCGGAGCUGGACAGUGGGUCAGAGGAGGAGGAAGAGGCGUCUCGGCCCCCCCAGGGGGCCCAGGAUGCAGACCAGAGCCCGGCAGCUCUGGGGGUGCCCAAGAGGAAGCUGACUGCCCAGGAGGGGCCAGCCACAAAGAAGCUAAGGAAGGGUAAGGCAUCUGAACACAAGGACCAGCUCUCGAGGCUGAAGGACAAGGAUCCGGAGUUCUACCAAUUCCUCCAGGAAAAUGACCAGACACUCCUGAACUUCGAUGACUCAGACAGCUCCGAGGACGAGGAGGAGGAGAAAUUCCACACGCUCCCAGACGAGCUGGAGGAAGCCAGUGAGGAUGAAGAGGGGGAGGAAGAGGAGGAGCAGAGCAUGCAGAAGAGCCGGUCCAAGCGGACCAGACUGACCCUCAAGAUGGUGGAGCAGUGGAAGCAGUCAGCCAAGGACCUCUCCCCUCGGCUCUUCCACGAAAUCCUGCAGGCCUUCCGGGCUGCCGUCUCCACCACCUACGAGGACGAGGGCGGCAGAGAGUCCAGCAAGUUCCGGAUCACGGACAGUGCAGUGUUCAACGCCGUCAUCACCUUCUGCAUUCGCGACCUCUUCCCCUGCCUGCAGAAGCUGCUGCAGCUGAAGCCACCCAAGGACAGAACCAAGCCCUGCCCUCAGGCCCCUCUCCCUUCCAGGCUGGUGCAGCCGUCCAGCAGCCCUCUCUGGACAAAACUGCGUCUCAAUGUCAAGUCAUACCUCAACUCGGUCAUCCAGCUGGUAUCCUGCCUGACUGAGGCGUCCGUGGCCACUGCCGUCCUUCAGCACAUCAGUGCCAUCGUCCCUUAUUAUCUGACCUUCCCCAAGCAGUGCCGGCUGCUGCUCAGGAGGAUGGUCGUGCUCUGGAGCACUGGGGAGGAGACAGUGCGGGUGCUGGCCUUCCUCGUCAUCAACAAAGUCUGCCGCCACAAGAAGGACCCCUUCCUGAGCCCCAUUCUCAAGCACAUGUACAUCUCCUAUGUGAAGAACUCCAAGUUCACGUCCCCCAGCGCCCUCCCCACGAUCAGCUUCAUGCAGCGCACGCUGACGGAAAUGUGUGCGCUGGACACUGGCCUGGCCUAUCAGCACGCCUUCCUCUACAUCCGCCAGCUUGCCAUCCACCUGCGCAACGCCAUGACCAUGAGUAAGAAGGAGACCUACCAGUCUGUUUACAACUGGCAGUACGUCCACUGCCUCUCCCUGUGGUGCCGCGUCCUGAGCACCGUCCACCCCAGCGAGGUCCUGGGGCCGCUCAUCUACCCGCUGACCCAGAUCAUCAUCGGCUGCAUCAAGCUGGUCCCCACAGCACGUUUUUACCCUCUGCGAAUGCAUUGCAUACGGGCCCUGACGCUGCUCUCAGAAAGUACUGGCACCUUCAUCCCCGUCCUGCCCUUCAUCCUGGAGGGCCUGUGGACGCCAGCCAACACAGCCCUGCCCUCCUCGUCUGCCCCCCGGCCCCCAGUGUCUGAUGGUGAUGGUGGCGCUUUUCCGGUGGCUUCCCAUGCUUUGGGUGGGCGUGAGCCGCCAUUCCCUUGGGACCGGGAUCUGGUGCAGGUCUCUUGUCCUCUGCCCCAGCCUCUCCAGGCUCCAAGCCCCUCAGCACUGAGGUGGCCCCAGGGCCCGCUUGCUGGAAGGCCUAUUGUGCACAGGCUGGGCAUGCUGCCAGGGCUGCGGUCGGCCCCCGCAGGAAGCAAGGAGGGAGGGGGUGGGCGGCAGGGGAGGGGGAGAGCAGGCCAACCAAACCCCAGACUCGCUCCCCAUCGGUUCUGCCGAGGCCUGAGCCCUUGUGGUUUCAUGUUGUAAACGUCCGUCGGAAACCACAUCCUCCCCGUUGGUGGGAGCCAGCAGCGCUGCCGCCGCGGCCACUGCCACUGGUAAAUCUCCGACCUCGGGGGCCGUGGGCUCCUCUGGCACUGCCUGACCUCCCCCCCUGCCCGGCACUGGGUUUCUGGGGUCCCCGUCACUCUCUUUCUGCCUCGCCCUACCUGUCAUCUCUCCUCUGACAUGUGUUUCUAACCUGUCGACCUCAGGGCUCCCAGCAGGCACCGCAGGGCACAGGGAGCUUCCUUCCACAGCCUCCUGCCACAUCCGUCAUCGCCCCCGCCCAGGCACCUGGGUGUGGAGGUGGGCCCCCCCCCUUCCUCCCCCCAAAGCCCGCAGGCUCAGCCUCAGCGUCAGCAUGAUAAAGGGCAGAGCGGUGGCUCUGGGAAUCGAUUUAUUAUUAACUGGCCCUGCUGCUUUUCAUUUAGUCUGGCCCAGCCCCCCUCCUGCAGCCAGGGAGGGGGUGGCUGCAGGAGGGAGCUCAGCUGGGGGUCUUUUCCUGCUUGGGGCCCCCUCCUCUGUGGCCUCCUUCCCCAAGAACAUGCCCGUCCCUGGCCAGCUGCCGGCCCUUCUUCCUGUCUCACCCCCUCCAGAGUGGCAGCCUGGCUCUUCCGAGGGGGGCCUCGACCCAUCCAUGAGAGGCCUGGAGGAGGGAUGGGGACAGGGCCGGGGGCAGGGCACAGGGCGAGUGAGCUGGCCAGGAGGCAGCGCCACUUCAGACAGCCAGACACCAUCCUCACCCCCUCCACAGGCAGUGUGGUUCAGCGCAGAUAGCGCCCCGACUUGGUGGUAUGAGAUGUGGCAUUGAAUCCUGCCCCGCCUGGUCCCUGCCUGGCCUCUGGCAGCCCAUCCCCCUCCCUCAGCCUCGGUGGUGAAAUGGGGAUGAUUCUAGCAGCUUCCUUCCAGGAUAGCUGUGACAAUCAGAUGGAGCAGCCAUGUGUUAAGCACUUUGUAAACCUCACUGGGCCAGGAGAGCCUUCAGUCCUCGGGGGUGGGGAGCGCCCAGCAGAAGCUCCACGUUGUGUUGAGUGGGGUCUUAGGCUCAACCCUGGAACCCACCCAAUCUCCCUUUGCUCAGGCCCACUCCCUAGCGCCCUCCCUUUGCCCCCCUCUCCAGCUCCCUCCUCCUCCCCAGC